CUUAGACUCAUUCGCCAUUUUGAUACAGUCGAGUGAACGGUGCGGCGAACGGUUGCAGCUAACCAGCGACGUAAACGAUACUCUGACGAUUUAAGGACACCAUUUGGACAACAUGAGUGGCUGUCGUGUCUUCAUUGGCCGCUUGAGCCCACAUGCCAGAGAAAGAGACGUUGAGAAGUUUUUCAAGGGAUAUGGACGGAUUCGGGAAAUCAACUUGAAGAAUGGAUUCGGCUUUGUGGAAUUUGAUGACCAUAGAGAUGCAGAUGAUGCUGUAUACGAGCUGAAUGGCAAAGAGUUGUGUAGCGAAAGGGUUACUAUUGAACAUGCUCGCUCUAGAAGAGGAAGAGGUGGUGGACCUGGAAUGGGCCGUUUCGGUGGUGGAGGUGGUGGUGGUGGCGGCGGCGGCAGAGGAGACGGAAGCAGCUACCGCCAGUCCCGCAGCAGUGGAUCCAGAUAUGGCCCUCCUAUGCGGACUGACCACAGACUCAUUGUAGAGAACCUGUCUUCACGGAUCAGCUGGCAGGACCUGAAAGACCUGAUGAGAAAAGCAGGUGAAGUCACCUUUGUGGACGCACACAGACCCAACAAAAAUGAAGGGGUGGUUGAGUUUGCAUCUCGCAGUGAUAUGAAGAAUGCCAUCUCCAAACUUGAUGGGACGGAACUAAAUGGACGCAAGCUGAAGAUCUUUGAAGACAGGAGAAGUCGCAGCAAGAGCCGCUCCCGCUCCCGCAGCUACUCUCGCUCAAAGAGUCGUUCCCGCAGCCGAAACCGCUCCAGGAGCCGCUCCAGGUCACUCAGCCGCACCCCUGAGAAGAAGACAUCAGGAGGAGGGGGCAAGUCUGGAGCCAGAUCCCCCUCCAGAUCCAAGUCUCGUUCCAAGUCCCGAUCCAGGUCUCGCUCCCGCUCCCGCUCCCCACCUCCGGCUCAGAACAAGCAGUCCCGCUCCCGGUCCCGCUCACCACGUUCUCGCUCCAGGUCCCGCUCACGCUCCCGCUCAGCCUCCGCAGACAGCAAACACUGAGGUCGAUACACAUGCUGGCCCCAAAAUAGACUGGUAGUGGAUCACCCACCAUAGGCCUGUAUGGUGUUUUUGUUUUAAAGAAGGGGAGGGAACUGCCUUUUACGCGGCUUCUUUGGAAAAAGAUUUUCAGAUAUUAAUGUGCCCACAUGAAUUUUGAUUUCCUUUUUUUUUUUUCUUUAGUUUGGAUGUGCUUCCAUCAGGAAAAUAUUAUUUUCCCUCUUUGAAAACCCUCCUCACAUUUUGAUGACACACACACACACAAUGACAACCCGCUGUCUGUUGAAGCUGUUGGCCGUGUUUUGAUUCCAUCCUCUCCCGUCUGCUUUGCCUGGUUGUUUGAGGUUGAGUUUGUCUGUGUUUUGUAACGCGAGCUCCUGGCAUCGCUGUGAAACUGUGAUUCUGCUUCUCACAUGGUGCGUUCGCUGACCUGGUAAUGUAUGUAAUGAUUAGAAAUACAACAUCUCAGUUGGUGAUUAAUUUCAGCUUCCUCUUGUAGUGAUGUUGUAAUCUAACUUUGACUGGCUCUUUUUAAACACUGCUGUAUCAGGACUGUCUUGUUAGUGACCCUUUAAACCCCCUUUUUUUUUUAUUUACUGAAUCCCCAGAACAAGCUUGUGACAUAACUCUGAGCACAAGUGUCUUUCUCGGCAAGAAGAAAUGUUGAUUGAUUUAUCACUAAUAAAACUUGCUGCAUAUUUACAUUUCUUUUGUUAUGACCAGAAGGGACAAUGGCAACUCUUUUUUUUUAUAUUUUGAGUGCAGGUUGUGAGACUCUUAAAAUUGUUCUCUGCAGUUUAAUUGAAUAAAAGUUUCACAAACUCUUAAA